AUGUCUGCGCCUCUUGAUUCUUCAGGUCCUCAGUCUCCUACUCUGGCUCGUGAUGAUCUUCUCUCGCCAACCACAGGCUCACAUCCGCUCCCACCCAGACCGUCCAGCAACGUUUCAUCAUCAAAUGCAGUUGCGACCGAAGAGUCAAUAACAGAAUCAUCCACCAAACCGCCACAGCCACUCUCUGCUCAAGCUGCUGCUGCUGCUCAGAUCAAGCCACCAGCCUCUCCAACUCCAUUGUCUUCGAAUGUGAACGGUACCCUUAGAUCUUCCAGACUUCCUCAUGACACCAUCGGCAUCUUGGAGGAUCGCAUCAAAGAAGACUCUCGUGGUGACCCUGAUGCAUAUCUCGAGUUGAUCCAGGAAUACAAGAACCGGAAUCGGCAAGAAGACGUACGGGCCACAUACGAUAGAUAUCUGGCUGUAUUCCCCAAUGACGCCGCACAAUGGUCCGCUCUCCUCAAGUGGGAAGAUGCCAACGAUCAACGACCUCGCAUGGAAGCUAUCUUCAGCAAAGCUCUCCCCAAAGUGCUUAACGUGCAUCUGUGGAUGAUCUACAUCAACUAUGUCAGGAGACAGUUCAGCGCCAUUCGUGACGAAGACAAGCGCUACAAGACCAUCCAGAGUGUCUUCGACUUCGCCCUCGGCCACAUCGGAAUCGACAAAGACGCUGGCUUCAUCUGGCAAGAAUACAUCGCCUUCCUUAAGACUGGAAAGGGGACGCUGGGAGGCAAUGAUUGGCAGGAUGGCGCCAAAGCAGAUUCGAUCCGUGGUGCCUAUCAGAAAGCUAUCGCCAUUCCCACGGAGUCUGUCACACAGCUGUGGCGUGAUUACGACACCUUCGAGAAUGGCUUGAGCAAGAUCAACGGUCGCAAACAUCUCCAAGAAAUGUCUGCUUCGUACAUGACGGCAAGGCAGACAUACCAUCAGCUCAGCAAACUCGUCACAGGCUUGGACCGCACAUCACAGCCUCGACUGCCACCGAGACCGUCUUAUCAAGGUGAUGACCAAUGGUCGUAUCAGCUAGACCUGUGGUAUGGCUGGCUCGAGUUCGAGAAGAACGACCCGCUAGUACUCAAGGACGACGAUCGCAAAGCCUAUCUCGGUCGUGUUGUCUACGUAUACAAACAAGCUCUCAUGGCUCUUCAAUUCUGGCCUGGCAUGUGGUACUCAGCUGUUGACUUCUGCUUUGAACAUGGCAUGGAUACCGAAGCAAUGGUGUUUCUGAAUGACGGCAUAGCCGCUAAUCCCGAGUCUCCUCUUCUGGCAUUCAAGCUGGCGGAUCGACUUGAGAGCACAACUUCAACCGACGAGACCUCAGACCCUGGCGCGCGAGAGCGUAUGAAGAAAGUUCGGCAACCCUACGAUCGCCUUUUGGAUGCUCUAUAUGAGCUCGUCAAGGCCAACUCUCAGCGCGAAACCAAUGAUAUUCGACGUCUGGAAGAAGAGUCCGAACAGAUGAACGGAGAUGGUGUCGAUGACGAGGUCAAUGCGGCAAACGUUCUGUCUAGAAAGGCUGCUCUCGAUGCACAAAUCGCUAUCGUCAAAGCAGCGGCACUGGAGGAGAGCGAUCUACUCUUCAGGCUCAUUUCCCACAUCUGGAUAGCAAUUGCGAGGUCGACUCGUCGCAUCCAAGGCAAGGGCGAAGGUGGGACUGGUUUCCGGGCUGUCUUCAAUGAAGCUCGAAAACGUGGCAGAUUGACCAGCCACUUCUACGUUGAAUGCUCUGCGAUUGAAGUGCAAUGCUAUGAUGAUGGCAUUGGGUCGAAAAUUCUCGAACGAGGAAUGAAGCUCUUUCCCGAGGACGACUAUCUUCCUCUCCAUUAUAUCAAGUAUCUGAUUGAGCAGAAGAAAGACGUCACCAAUGCAAGAGGAGUCUUCGAGACCACAGUCACGAGAUUGACGGGCGCUGGCCACUCCGCAAAGACCAGGCCGCUCUUUGACUACAUGCACAAUUACGAGUCACGUUUCGGGGAGCUCUCACAAAUCCAGAAGCUUGAACAACGAAUGCGGGAUCUAUUCCCAGGCGAGACUCCGAUUGGCCUCUUCUCUGAUCGGUUCGCGACAGAGCCGUUCGAUCCCAUCGUGCGAUUCCCGGUAAUUUCGACCUCUCAGAUCAAGCGCAAGACCGAGAGCGUGUUACCGACCAUUGAAGCCGCCGACAAUGUCCAAUCGCCAUACCAGAGGAAUGCCGACAUGAUGGUCGCAAACUCUCCGAAGCGGUCUCUUCCAGACGACUUCGAUGAUCUUCAGACCCGGAAAAUGGCACGAGGCGAGUCUCCACUCAAAGGUGCCGCUGGCCGGAAGAUGAAUCAACAACGGCAAGUCAACAACGGGCCAGUCUCGAAUGCCAUGCCUCCGCCGUUACCUCCGCCUUUGCCACCUCAGAUUCAUUACCUGAUGAGUGUGCUGCCAAAACCACAUCUCUACGACGAGGCUCGCUUCAACGCGGCCAAGAUGGUCGAAUUAUUACGUGAUGUCCAUUUGCCUCCCCCGGGCCAGAUUCAGUCGCAUCACACUCCGCAGCAGGCUCCUGCUUGGCCACCGCAGCAAAUUCACCAACAACCACAACACCACUUCCAGCCUGCACCCACUCCUGUUCCUGGUCAGCAAUACAUGCAAGCGCCGCCCCCUGGUCAAGCGCAUUAUGGAGGAGCACCAUUCAGAUUCGCUUAG